AUGGCCACUGUGUAUCGAGGAAAAGGCGGCCUCGCGUCGCCCACGUCUCAGUUGUUGAAAAGUAUUGGAAUGACGCGUGAUGACCUCCGUCGACACAGCGAGCAGAUGAGGCAGUUCCUCACUGUCGAGCAAGUCAAUGCAUUUGCUCCUGCUCCUGCUACGGACAGGUCGCGUUCACGUCCGUCUUCAUCGCCUUCUUUCUCUCGAAAGAGGUCUCGUCCCGCUUCGCGUGCAAGCGCGUCCUCUAGGGCGCGGUCGCCUACGCCGCGUAGGACGCCCGUGAAGGCCGAGCCAGUUGAAGGGACACUUCCUCCACGCCGUUUGGAUACCAUGCAUCUGGUAUUGGAACGGAAAAUGAAAGAGAAGAAGGAAAGCCAAGGUUCUGUCAUGCAGUCGCGCGAUAGCCGACGCGUCCAAUGGUCCAGUGUGGCCUUAUCAUCGCGCAGCUCAACCCCACAGCAUACCUCGGAUGACCCGGUUCCAAUGACACCACAUCACUAUAGAUACUACCGCGAGCGCGUUGUGAGCGGUGUCUACACUAACGAGUCUUUGAGCAAAGAGGCCACCCCUUCAGUAAGGCAGACGUCAAUCGCUCGUAACAUUUAUUCUACUCCUCGGACUCCUCCGCGCGUAUUGUCCCAAUGCUCAAGCCCUGCUCCCGUCGUCAAUCUUGUUUCUUCACCGGGACCAAUGCGCUCCUCUCCGCCGGCGCAGGAUGAGGAGAGUUCGCCGUUCACCCUCCCACCAGGUCCAUAUUCUGACGCGAAGCCAGACUUCGCUUAUGCCGGACUGAUAGGACAGGCUAUCCUAUCUUCCCCACAACACAGGCUUACAUUGCAGGACAUCUACGAGUGGAUCACCACAGUGUACCCCCAUUAUAAACGUGGCGAACAGACAUGGAUGAACUCUGUCAGACAUUGUCUGAGUACGAUGGCUGUCUUCCGCAAGGUUCCCCGUGGACGGUCAGAGGGCAAGAGCCUUUGGGCGAUCUUCGACCAAGACCUGGAAUGCUUUGCGGGCGGCGGUUUCAGGAAGUCGUUAUGUGCUGACAUGGUCAAUGACGACAAGCUGAAAGCUAGCAAACGUGCUGCGAAGAAGCGUGCUACGAUGGAUGAAGUCGUAAGCCGGGAGAAGAAACGACGCAAGAAGGCAGAAAAGCCAAGCGAAGCGCCCUCAAUAGCUGGGCCGUCACUGCCCGUCACGCAUCAUGUGUCUGCGCAUGUUCCUACUCCUGUUCUUCCUCCCUACUUCCCGCCUUUCCAUCCGGGCACCCUUCAUCAGCCAUACUACCAGGCGUUUCUCGCUGCGCCGCUCCCUGGUGAACCCAUAUUCCCACCCUUACCUCCGUCAUCGAACUAUCACCGAGUCGCAGCCACCAAUACGGGCUCCUUUUCCCAGUCCUCAUCGCAGGAGACAGAUGAGGAGCUGUCCAUACGUGGCCCUGACACCUCCCCCAUACUCGUUUCGUCAUCGUCAUCGUUGCCCUCACUGACACCCCACUGCAGCUCAUCUUCCAGUCCCCCACUUUCCUCUCAUGAGAGUUUGACUACCAUCGAUGGACCACCCAGCCCAUCGCCUGCACCCUCGUCUAGUGCAAUUGGCGUGGCUGAUCAUGAAGUCGAGAGUGAUGACGAGUAUGCACAAUGGCUGAGGCGUUCUCCCUCUCUGGAGGCUCUGGCGCCGAAUGCAACUGUACUCAAUGAAGACUGUUAUCUGAAAGUGGGCGAGUCUAAGGGCAAGCAACGCGCCAGAGGCUCCGGAAGAAAUCAUAGCUUGCUUUCUCUAUCUCCAAGCCUUGGGACGGGACUCUAUGCUGCCAGAUUGCAGGAAGCAUCUCAGCGCCAAGCGAGCACUUCUUCACCUGAGACGUCACAACUGCCCCUCAUCCCAUCUACGCCUCCUCCCCGGCCGACCACCCCGCAGCACAAGCGGCGCGUUACCAGUAGCGGCGUCCAUCUUUCACCUACAAGGACGCCUAUAUCCCAUGCUGGCUUACAUAUGAGCCCUUCACCGAGCCUCGCUCACUACAAGUCGAACUUGGACCCUCCUCCGGCUGCAGUGUACCUCCCUCAGGCGCCUCUGCUUGUCAUUCCUACCGAAGCGUUCAAGACACCACCGCGUACGCCAUCGAAGCGGUCCGGUUCGUAUGGGGCGUCCCUCUUCAGUCCAUCGCCACUCGCUCCGGUCACUCCGAAGCGGUACGGCUAUGCUAGCGAAAGCUACUACUCGCCUUGGCGGACCCCAGGUUCACAGUCCAUAUUAGACCCUCAUGAUCCCAGUGUGCUUCUCGACGAGGAGAUCUCCAGGCAGAACCUGCAGAAUAGUCCAGGAGUUCUUGGCAGGCCUCAACGCUCGCUCUACGAUAGCCCUACUGGGAUGAGUCCUGGCAGCUGGAGUCGUUAUUGGUGA